AUGAAUGUGGAAGAAGGGGGCAUACCGGGCAUAGGGCGCCCAAGCCAGGCCCGAUGGGUGCUUAUGCUCCUCCUAUCCACAGCCAUGUAUGGUGCCCAUGCCCCACUGUUGGCCUUGUGUCGAAUAGAUGGCCGUGUCCCUUUCCGACCCUCUUCAGCUGUGCUUUGGACAGAACUGACGAAGUUACUGCUGUCAGCAUUCUCUCUGAUGGCCAGGCGGCAGCCAAGACUGUGGGACACUCUACCUUGGCGCCAGGCUGCCCCCUUUGCGCUCUCUGCACUGCUCUAUGGUGCCAACAACAACCUUGUCAUUCAUCUACAGCGGUACAUGGACCCCAGCACCUACCAAGUGAUGAGCAACCUCAAGAUUGGCAGCACAGCCCUCCUUUACUGCCUGUGCCUGAACCGCCGUCUCUCUGCCAGGCAGGGGCUGGCACUGCUGCUACUGACUGGUGCUGGAGCCUGCUAUGCUGCUGCAGGCCUCCAGGACCCACAGGGCUUCCUCCCACCCCCUGCUGCUGCAGCCAUGCCCCUCCAUGUGACCCCCCUUGGUCUACUGCUGCUCUUGCUCUACUGCCUCAUCUCAGGCCUCUCCUCAGUCUACACCGAGCUGCUCAUGAAGAGGCAGCGCCUGCCCUUGGCCUUGCAGAACCUGUUCCUGUAUUCCUUUGGGGUACUCAUGAACUUGGGGCUCUAUGUGGGAGGUGGGCCAGGCCCUGGGCUCCUCGAAGGUUUCUCAGCCUGGGCAGGACUGGUGGUACUGAGCCAGGCCCUCAAUGGACUUCUCAUGUCGGCCAUCAUGAAGCAUGGGAGCAGUAUCACCCGCCUCUUUGUUGUCUCCUCCUCUCUGAUUGUCAAUGCUGUGCUCUCGGCCACCCUGCUUCACCUCCAGCUCACGGCUGCCUUCUUCCUGGCCCUCCUGCUCAUUGGUCUGGCUGUACAUCUCUACUAUGGAAGCCGGUAGAGCCAGAGGGCCCACCCUUUGGAGCUAUUUUGGCCUCUAGUGUUAUUAACGCAGACUUGAUAUUACUGCAGUCGACAUUGUGACCAAGAAUUUACCUAUUAGAGAAGGUGCUUCUCUCCUUCCUUGAUGGAGUUGGAAGGUCCAUCAAGAUGGGGGAUGGGGGAAGUUAUCCUUAAUGGUGGAUCCAGUCUGUACUGUUCCCUGAUCUCAGUCUCUUUCUAGCCUGUGUGCUGCCCCCUAAGUAACUGCACUUCUUCCUUUGCUUUUAGCUUUAGCCUGCUAUUUCCUCAUACUAUUCCCAGCCAGAAUCCCUGAUAGAAGUGCCUUUGAGAAGAGGAGGCUGCAAGUCAGGCCCAGGGAAGCCCCUGAUAGGAUAUGAGGGGAGCCUGUAGAGGCCUGAAGCAAAAUUGAGUUUUGCCAAGGAAACACUGUUGUUGACCCAAGUUUGUCUCCCAGGUUCUGAUAUCUCCUUUCUGCUCCCAUCGUUGUAUACGGCAGAGGGAGAUUAGUUAGGGAUCUGGUCUCUAUUAGCUGCUGUCCAGAAGGUCUGAGGCCUAGCUGCUUUCCUUCUGUGUGGGUCCGGUCCGGAUGUCCCAAGUAAUAGGCCACUCGUUUCCUCACUCCAUCACUUCUGCUGUAGCAAUUUAAAUUCCAGCCUGGAUUACUGAGAAGUGAGCUCUGUAAACUAGCCUUUUCCUAAUUUGAAUACUGAGGCUCUUCCUUGUCCUCAUAGGUAAUCCUUGCUUUUCCACUACAUCUCUUGUCUAGCCCAGUAACUGGCUUGUUCUAAGUUUGUUUCCCCUUUAUUCCCUCAUUCCCUACAGCAACGCACCAAAAAGUCAAAAUGUUGUAGGCAACUUUGACCUCCUAUGUCCCAUCCCAACCUCUCUGGAAGGUUCUGCUGGUGCCAGGGUCCAUGUUGUCUGGCAGCUUUACCAGUCAUGUGUGUGUUCCCACCCCAUCUAUCAGCUCCAGCACUUCUUGGGAGAAACCUCUCUAUGUUGCUGCUUUUCCAGGGUCAGGACUGAGUCUCCUUAAUCAAACCAGGGGUGAAACUUCACAGGUUCAUAAGGAAUGCUACUUGCCCUCUCAUGGCCCUUUUGUUGCAGUCCAGGGCUCUCAUCAGCUCUGUUCUACACUCCUGGACCCUGCUCCUGCCAGGAAGUAUUCUGUUCUUCAACCCUCAGUCUGGCCACCUUUCCUGAGAUAGAUAUACCCUUAACUUCCUAGGAAGAGGAAGACUCCUUUACAGGAGUAACUUAGACUAGGGCAUAUGGGAUUUUUCUAUAGCUCAAUCAGUGUCUCCUUAACUGCAUAAGCAAUAAGGUCUCAAUAAAGUGUUUCUGGGAGUAGGGAUUUCCCUACCAUCUACCAUGC